CGUUCUCCAUUUUCGAAAUCAGCUUCUUCAACCUCUCUCUCUCGCGUUUGCUUCUACGAAACCCUAAUGGCGAAUGUUGAGAAUCUGAGCGCUGUUCCGGCGUCGGAAGACACGGAGUUUGGGUUUAAGCGGCCGGAGAUGUACAGUACCGAUAUCGCUAAUUCCAUCACUUCGUACGGUCGCCAUGUUUUCGUUCUCUACAAGACUCCUGAAGCUUGGAUCUCACACGUCGAGGAGGAAGGUUUACCUCAGCGUUUCGCUACGUUGCUCAAGGAUCGCAAAUCUGAGCUCCUUGUUCAGACGAAGCUUAAUGUAUGCGAAGGUGGUGGAUCCGAUGGAGAUGUGUUGAUUUUCCCGGAUAUGGUCAGAUACAAGGGGGUUAAGGAUACGGAAGUGGAAGGUUUCUUUGAAGAUGUUCUUGUGAAUGGGAAACCAUGGAGAUCUGGGAGACAGGAGAAGCUAUCUGGAACAUUUGUAUUCGUGUGUACUCAUACUAGUCGAGACAAGAGAUGUGGCGUUUGUGGACCAGUCAUCUUAGAGAGGUUCAAGCAGGAGGUUGGCUCUCGUGGACUUUCAGACCAAAUCUCUCUCAGGAGAUGCUCUCACGUUGGACAGCACAAGUAUGCUGGUAAUAUAAUCAUCUUCAGUCCUGAUUCAGCUGGAAAGAUUUCUGGCAAUUGGUAUGGCUAUGUAACUCCUGAGGAUGUACCUGAAUUGCUUGACCAGCAUAUUGCAAAAGGAGAAAUCAUUCAAAGGAUUUGGAGGGGCCAAAUGGGUCUACCUGGAGGUGUAGCUGAGAAAGAGCAUGAACAGAAAGUGAUACCAAACGGUAACCGCGCAGCAGAAGAGUUCACAGGAGGAUGUUGUCAAGGAUCGAACGGUGUCUCGUGUUGCCAAGACGAAAACCCAAAACCAAAACCAAUCAAGAAAGAAGGAAAGUGCACCAAAUGGUUUCAGCCUCUUGACAAAGAAGAAAUCUACAUUGGAGCCGCCGUGGUUGGAGCCGUUGCAACCAUAGCCAUGAUUGGUUACACCAUUUUCAAGAGGUCAGGAUAAGGAAUCUACCCUUACGCUUCUUACUUACCAAUUUGGUUCAUGUUAGAAGUUUUUUUUUGGAAAUUGCCACGACACACGACAGAAAAAAAGAAGAAGAAAUAUACAUCGAUUCGAUCACAAAACACACCUGAGGAAUUAUGUUUUUGUCUGUGAUUCUCUCUACCGUUAAAGAAACAAAUAAACUUUUUGGUAUAUGGGAGUUUUUUUCUCUCUUUUUUUGUAGUUUGUCUCCCACGCUAUGUUUGUUGUUGUAUUUUACAUUUUGCGGUUUGGUGGAACUCGUGCUGAUGAGCCGUAUCUUUUGUGAA